GCCCCGCCCGCUCCUUUGUGACGCGGCGUUCCGAGCUUUAGGGCCCCGCACAGCCCGGAGGAGGCGCGGCCGGGCGAGCGUGCGCGGCGGGGAGGCAGCGGCAUGAGCUGCUACCAGCUCCCGGUGGUGAUCGACAACGGCUCGGGGAUGAUCAAGGCGGGCCUGGCGGGGACGCGGGAGCCCCAGUUCCUGUACCCGAACAUAGUCGGCCGCACCAAGGGCCCGAAGGGGGUGGAGGGGGCCCCGGAGCUGUGCGUGGGCGACCAGGCUCAGGAACGGCGGGGCGCGCUGUCCAUCAGCUACCCAGUGGAGCGCGGACUCAUUACUUCCUGGGGGGACAUGGAGGUCAUGUGGAAGCACGUCUUUGACUACAGCCUCAAGUUAAAGCCUGGUGAUGGCCCAGUCUUGAUGACUGAGCCUGCACUAAACCCACUAGCCAAUAGGCAACGGAUCUGUGAAGUGUUUUUUGAGCAUCUGGGUGUUCCUGCCUUCUAUAUAUCCAUCCAAGCUGUGCUGGCUCUCUUUGCUUCUGGCUUCACUAGUGGCUUGGUGCUGAAUUCGGGGGCUGGGGUUACCCAGUCUGUGCCUGUCUUUGAGGGUUACUGUCUACCUCAUGGUGUCCAGCAGCUAAAUCUAGCAGGUGCUGAUUUCACCAACUAUCUCAUGAUGUUAUUGAAGAACCACGGCAUCAUGCUGCUGAAUGCUUCAGACAGAAAGAUCGUUGCCAACAUUAAGGAGACCUGUUGUUAUGUGGCUUUGAACUACGAGGAGGAAGUGGCCAAGCAAUCGAAUGUUUUGGAGAAAGAGUACACACUACCGGAUGGGAAGGUCCUCAAGCUCAAGGAUGAGCUCUUUCGGUGUCCCGAAGUCCUCUUUUCCCCAUGUCUCAUGAACCUUGAUGUUCCUGGCAUCGACAAAAUGUGCUUCAGCAGCAUAAUGAAAUGUGAUACGGAUCUGAGGCAUUCCUUCUUCUCCAAUAUUAUCCUUGCUGGAGGAUCCACCUGUUUCCCUGGUUUAGAAAAGCGGCUGGUUAAGGAUAUAGCAAAGGUGGCACCGGCUAAUACUUCGGUGCAGGUUACGGCGCCCCCGGAAAGGCAGCUCUCAGUGUGGAUGGGAGGUUCCAUUCUUGCAUCCCUCUCCGCCUUCCAGGACAUGUGGAUCACCGCUGAAGAAUUCAAUGAAGUUGGACCCAAUAUAGUACACCAAAGAUGCUUCUGAAAUACAGAUAAAAUGCUUCAAAGAAAAA